AUGCUAUCACGUCGCCUUUUUCGACAGCUGACCGAUAGCUUGCUGCUGGGCCGUUGCGCUCACCCAAAACAUGCGGUAUGCUUUGCAUCAGCAUGUGCAACCUGCAGCUCUCCUGCUCGAGCAUUGGCCCCAUGGACUCGGCAUUCUUCAUCGUCCUCGACAAGGUGGAAAUCGCGACAGGGCAGAGAUUUUUUCGCCAAAGAAGCCCGGGUGAAGGGCUUGAAGAGCCGUGCGGCUUUCAAGCUGCUCGAGCUCAAUGAAAAACACAAACUGUUCAAGCCCGGUCAAACGGUUGUUGAUUUGGGAUAUGCACCGGGCUCAUGGUGUCAGGUGGCUGUGAACCGUACAUCUCCAGACGGACGUGUGAUUGGCAUUGAUCUCAUACCAGCGCAACCUCCCCGGGGUGUCUCGACCAUUCAAGGCGACUUCUUGUCCCCUGCCAUCCAAGAAGAGGUGCGGGCAUAUGUGCGAGACCCUGAGCUGGGUCGGCCCAGGAGACAGAUUUCCUCGAGCGUCAGUGAAGGGCUUACUGAGGAAGAGCUGGAAGAAAUGCAGCGGGGAUACAUUGACAUUGAGCGCCAGGCGCAUCUAGACGGCGCCGACCUUGAAGUGAUUGGGCAGCCGAUAGAGAACAAGGAUGGCGACGCAUCAUCCGCGGCCAAGCUAUCUCUAAAAGAGCGGGAUAUGCAGCAGGGAAGAGUAGUGGACGUGGUACUCAGCGACAUGUCAGCACCCUGGGACCAAACGACUGGCUUCUACAAAAAGAGCCUUAGUGACCCAUAUUUUAGGAUGAUGAACACCAGCGGCAAUGCUUUCAGAGACCAUGCGGGCAGCAUGGAUCUGUGCAUGGCAGCGCUGACGUUUGUGUUUGACACACUGAAGACGGGGGGCCACUUUCUUUGCAAGUACUACCAGGGCCCGGAAGAGAAGGCGUUUGAGACGAAGCUGAAGCGGCUCUUUACCAAAGUCCAGCGCGAGAAGCCCGAGUCGUCACGCGCAGAAUCCAGAGAGGCGUACUUUGUGGCCCUGCGGCGCAAAGAGACACCGACCAAGGAGGAGGUGCUGGGCCGAGGAUGAGUCUCAUGGCGCUUGGGUGUCUGCGUGGUAUAUCCAUCCGUUCGGACCGAAAGCAGUGCAUGUCAAAGUUCAGCGGGCACAUGGGUACAGAUAUCAUGGCACGCACCGAGGGGGUCUAGAGGAGGAGGCGGAGGGAGGUCGGCUCGAGUACAAGGCGAGGUGGGCGAGGUGGGCAGGCGGCGAGAUGGGCACAUGGAUGGGACAUGGAUGGGCACAUGGUAUGCAGGACCGGACGCGGUGGUAAUUAAGAGGGCCAGCGGUGGUACCUGAGAGGCAGCUCUGGACGCGUCUCGUCACAUCCCGGACGACAUGUCAAGCGUUUUUGUGGGCCGGGGGAGCAGGGAUGCGCGGGG